CUACUACCUGAACAUAAUCUUUCUUUUAAUUUCUCUAUUGUAAUCUUCGUAACAUUUUCAUUGUUUUGUCGUAAAUUCUGGUUAGAGGGAAAACUCGUAGAGAAACUCAUGUUUUUGGAAAUGUCACUGGCAGGAUUGUUUAUCCACCAUUUUGUUUUGCUGUCGUCCUCAGAGUUUUUCCUGGUAUCGUGGCCUAUUUUACAAUGAACUAGAUUGACUCGAAUUUGAAAAAAAAUCAUUGAAGCGGACGACAUUUCAUACUCUGGAAGAAAACUGUUUCCGACGAAUUCGAGUUAGUUUUUUUUUUUAAUGAAUGUUCUCGUCAUGGGGAUUUGUGAGAUUUCACCUCGAGUUCUGACCCAACUUUCCUGACUUCUUUGAUCAAAUGGCGAUUACUAGAUAAAACGUACAAUUUUCGCGUCAUUCGCCACGAUGUCAGGUCAGAGUGGAGGGCAUCGCUUACGGUUGUCCAAACUCAAUGAUCAACUAACAUGCAAAUUAUGCGGUGGAUAUUUUAUUGAUGCCACUACUAUUAUAGAGUGCUUGCAUUCGUUUUGCAGGAGUUGUAUUGUGAAGUAUCUGGAAAACAAUAAAUAUUGUCCAAUAUGCGAGGUACAGGUGCACAAAAGUAAACCACUAUUGAACAUUCGUCCAGACCACACUUUGCAGGACAUUGUGUAUAAAUUGGUACCUGGAUGUUAUCAAAAUGAGAUGCGAUGCAGAAGGGAGUUCUACUCCAAACAUCCUGAAGCAUACACUCAGGCAACAUCUCCAGAAGCAAGAGGAGAGCCAACCGAAUCACAUAUAUAUUCUCCGGAUGAAUCUCUUAGUUUGUCAUUGGAAUAUUUCAGUCCAACUAAAGAUGUUAAAGGAGUACCUGUGAAACCUUUAUUAAGGCGAUAUCUUCGUUGUCCUGCAGCAGUAACCAUUUUUCAUUUGCAAAAACUUAUUCGUGCUAAAUAUGGCUUAACCGAUGCACACAGGGUAGACAUAAUGUAUAAGGAGGAACCAUUAUCCACUAGUUAUACAUUGAUGGAUGUAAUGUAUAUUUAUCAUUGGAGGCGGAAAGUGCCAUUGCAUUUAAGUUAUAGGAUAUUUGAAUCUUCUCCUAAACGAAUAAAACUUUCAGAAGAUAACGUCAAUUAUAAAACAUCCUUACUUCAUGCUGGAAUUGAUUCCAUCGACUCAAAAGAAGAACAAUCGCUAAAAAGAGAAUGGAAAGAAGUUCAAUUAAAAAUCUCUGAAACUGGUAUAAUGAGUAUCACGGAUAUAUCAAACCAACAAUUUCAGAAAAGUGCAGGAGUUGAAAACUCAAUUGUUCCAAAAAUCGAAACAAUAGAUACAUCAAUAGCCAACGAUAAUACUAGCGGAAACAACAUAUUUGAGAUUGCUAAACAAAACGAGCAGUCGUCGGGUGAUAUUUCUUCUAAAGUACAUGAACUUGAUGACAAGAAAAAUAGCAAUCAAGUAGAAACCAAGAAAAUUUCAACUGAGGGAACAGAAAAUACGGUAAGCUGUAAAAAUGAAGAAGAACCAAAAAAUCAUUUGGAUAGUACUAAUGUCGAAGACAAAACAGUUUCACAGUCGAAAGAAACUGUACAGUGUAUAGAUGAUAAUGACAAUAGAAAUAAUAUCGAGAAUGAGGAUCAAAAAGAUUCAUCUAGAAAUAACAAUAAUAUUACAAUUGAGGAAACUAAAUUAGAAACAUCCAAACAGAAUUCAAAAAAUGAAAUAAAACUUGUAAAUACCGGAUCUAAGAUCAAUGCUCUAAGCGUAAAGUUGCAGUUUCAACCAAAAAUCGAGCAACUUAAUACUAAUAAUAAUGUGUCUUUGAAGAAAACUGUAAAAGAUAAAAAAAUUAUGCCACAAUCGUCGAAAAAAGCGGAUACAAAGACCACUGAAAAUGUAAAAUCUGCGGAACUAAAAAAUUCUGAUGCUUCAAAAGCACAGGUUAUGGCAAAUAAUUGUGGAACUGCAAUGAAUAAAUCAUUGAUACCGUACUCUACAAAAAUGAUAUCGCAAAAAUCUGCUUUAGAAUCCCAAGAAAGUGCAGAUUCUGAUUCGUCGAUGCAUUUAACCACCACCUCCGUUAGUUCUGAAGCAAAAGAAUCAGACUCUAAUAUGAAAAAAGUGCAACAAACUGAACAAGAUAAAAAUUCUUCUCAAAAAGAUAACGUUUCAGAAAAAAAGACGUGUUCCCAGAAGACAAAUGGACAAACAAACACAAUUUUCCAAAAGAUGCCGUACGUGCAGCUUGAACCACUCACAAGUGAGAGUUUCGGGUCACCUAAUGUCUCCACAUCUCGAGCUGCAACAGUUGGUAAUAAUAUAAAUCCAACCUCUACAUCAACGAUAAGUCAGUCUGUGUCUACGUUUCCUUACACGGUUCAAGAUCUAGUAAACAAUACAGUGUUGAAAAAUUCGUUGAAGAAUUUGACAUCAACGACUCAAAAAUUGUCUGUAGCUACAUCUUCAGAAAACAGCUCAGAAACAACUACAUGUGCAGUAUCGGAAAACACCACAUUUAGUAUGCCUUCUACGAACGUUUCUUCUUCAAAAAGCACAUACUCAAAUUCAAUAAUAAACACUUCAAAGGAAUCAGCAACAAAAGGAAACUUAGAAAUAACUGGUACAUAUUCAGUGCCUCCAUGUCCCGAUGCUAUUCCGAUUUCUUUAAUGAAACCAACUGUUCGUAAAAGCGAAGUGGUUACUAGAGGUUUGAAUAUAAAUGAAAUUUGUGCAAAGAUUGGAGCCUCUGGUUCAAAAAUUGAUGAUAUUUGCGCUAAAAUUGGGGAGAAUUCUAAGGAAAAGAACAAGAUAGAAGUAAGAAGCAAAUCUGAAAUUCCAGAUUUGUUAAAAAUUGGAAGGAAAAAUAGUUCACAGUCUGGAUUGACUGAUUCGUCUGCUAAACAACAACAUCAAAAUAUUCCAAGUGUACCCGUUUAUGCUCCAAAUAGUAAUGCAGUUACUGUGGAAAGUAAGAAUGCUUAUGUAAAUGUGAAGGAUAGUCCAAGAGCUACAUCGCUAGUAUCUAAUUCUCCAAUAGUAACGUCACACUCUUUACAAAAAGUUCCUUCUUCUGUUUCUAAAAAGCAAAGUCAAGCUGUGGGGUAUAAAACGCUUCGUGAUCCUCCGAGAUGCUGGAAUCCUACUCUUUCAAAAAACAAUUAUGUAGCAGUUAAAAAUCAAAGUAAAGAGGCACAAAACCAAUUACAUCAGACUGCACUCUUUGAAAGGAGUAAAACUAUUCAAUCCAAACCUGCUAAGAUCUUCAAAAUGAGAAACAUGCCUAGAUAUUUGGGUAAUCCUGCCUCUGGGGUGAAACCAAUGUACGGGAUUAGUAAUGAGUGUAAAGAAAAAGAGCAGGCAUCGAUAACACCAACAACGACAACAAAUGCAUCAAACAGUUCCAAAAAUGGGAGUCUAAGUAUGAUGAAGAUAGAUCCUAAAACUCUAUCUCCAAUCGUUUCUACAGUUAAUUCACCUAUCGUUUCGCCACCUCCAUAUUCUCCUAGUGCAAGAAGUUACCCGAAUCCUCCAUUUUCAAGAGAUAUUUGUAGAAGUACUGGCUCACCGAUAUCUCCAAAGAAUUCUCCAGUAAAUAUGCUUUCAACAAGUCCUUUUAUACCUUCCCCAACACCAAAUAUGAAUCCCAGAUUAAUUUAUCCUCAUUUUCCACCACCUUUUCCAGAUGCUACCAGGUUUCCAAAUCCUUUAAUACGUUCACCAAUAGGAAUUCCAUCUCCUAGUGCCUUCCAUAGUAGUUUACCACCUUCAAUUAAUAAAUUGUAUCAACGAUCCAGUUAUAUUCCACAGACUACUGGCUUCUCUCCAGUUUCACAACCACCAACAGUCCAGAGAAUACCACCAAGCACUUAUUCUUCACCUAAGUCGCCUAAAACUACCUCUUUAACAGCAAUGUCACCUACGUCUUAUGGUUUGGUUAAACAGGAAACACAAACUGUCGCAACAUCUCUCGAAACUAAUAAUUUACUUCUUCCAAAAAGUUCGUCACAGGAAGAUGUCAGUGCAUUUAAUUUAUCUAAGACUGGGAACUUCUGUAAUGCAGAAACUGUUAAAACAUCAACAGAUAUAGUUCGAAAUUCUAAAUCGACCACUGUUUGUCUUGCUUCAAACAUUGGACAAAAUAAACAUUCAUUAACUGUUACUUCAAAGAUUAAGUUAGAACCUUCACUUAGUACAGGAGAACAAGAACAGAACAAAGAGCAACUAGAAAAAGAAGCUGCAAAAUGUAAAGAAGAUAGUUCAUAUAUUUCAAAGGAACAAAAUAUGGAAAAAAAACAGACCGAUGAAAAUAGUGAUAAUGUAAAUAAAAAAAAGGAGAAAUCAAUUUUUCAGAUUAAUGGACUGAGCAAUGAUAACAAACAAGAAGCAUCAGUAGAAAAAUUCAUGGAACAACAAAGAGAACUGAACGAAACAAAAACUAUGCAAACAUCUGAGAAAACUACUGCGAAACCACAAAUAGAAGAAUCCAAAAAUGAGGAUUGUGAGCGAAAGGAAAAUACAGCAAAAAAAUCUGAAACCCAAGUCAACAAAGUGGAGACGUAAUUUAUGAAUUCAAAAGUCAUUUACCUUGUAUAUUUAUGUACAUAAGAAAGCUUUUGGUUAUUGUUAUA